AAGACGGCGAGAGAGAGAGAGAGAGAGGGAGUGAAGAUGGAGUCGGAGAAAGUGGUGGUGGACGAGCUGCCGCUGGCUAUAGUGCGCCGGGUAGUGAAGGAGAAGCUGUCGGAAUGUUCGCCGGAUUAUGACGUCAGUAUUCACAAGGAAGCGUUGCUUGCGUUCUCCGAGAGUGCUCGGAUCUUUAUUCACUUCCUCUCCGCCACGGCAAACGAUUUUUGUAAAGAUGCAAGGAGACAAACGAUGAAAGCUGAUGAUGUGUUUAAGGCAUUAGAAGAAAUGGAUUUUUCAGAAUUUUUAGAGCCGCUUAAAGCUUCUCUUGAAGAUUUUAAGAAGAGGAACGCUGAUAAAAAAGCAGGUGGUGGAGGAGCUGCUUCGAAGCCUGCUGGUGGUGGAUCGGCUACGAAGCCCACAGAGACGAAAAAGAGGAAACAGGAAGGGCCAUCGACGCAGAAGAAUGCGAGGAAAAGCAAAAGAGAUGAGGGAGGUAGCAAGGAUGAUGAGGAGAGUGAGAAGGAAAACACGGAAGAAGAGAACGGAAACGAUGAGGAGAACGAGAAUGAUGAUGAAGAUAUCGAAGAGAAUGGGAAUGACGUGGAGGACGAGAAUGAUGAUGAAAAUACCGAAGAGAACGGGAAUGAUGAGGAUAACGAGAAUGAGGAUGAGGGAAACAGCAUGGAAGAUAAUGAGAAUGAGAAAGAGGAGAGCAGCAAUGAGGACAAUAGCAUGGAAGAGAAUGGGAGUGAGAAUGGUGAAGAUAAUGACAACAACAACAGCAGCAAUAGUAGUGGUGAAGAGGUAGAGGGUGAUGAAGAUGAUGAUUGAGCUCAAGGUGAUCUUUCAUAUAUAUGUUUGCAAGGAAAUUGUUUUCAUGUUUGUGUUGGAUUAGGUUGUAAGCUUGAAGCAGUGUUGUUUAAUGCAAUUCGCAUCUCACUGACUGAUAUUAAAUUGUUUUGCUCUUUGUCUCUAGUGUUAGCAGAUAUGUUAUAUGUAAGUGAAAGUUGAGAAAA